AUGUUCCCUUUUUUGACGAGCCCUUCUGCUCUAGCACACAGGCCCACAUCUGUCCCUCGCCAGGUCAGAUGGUUGACGUAUGCUUGGCUCCGGCUGUGGUGCUGGUCCCGCGCCAUCUACCGGUUCCUCAUUGUUGCCUCUCCCGCCAUCUCCAAACCUUGCCCUACCCCGUUGCUGGCUCUCCGCCCACGACUAGCCCUCUCCCCCCUCUUCCUCCUCGUCCCCCGCCUUGGUCUCCGCGUGCUCUUCCCCUGCCAGCGCCGUUGUUCCCUCCUUGCCCUCCGCGGGUUGCGCUCCCUCGUCCCGCCGGCAUCCACGGCGCUUGCCUCACGGUCGAUCGUCCGCCUUUCGGCGGUCCCCAGGCGAUUCUGCCUCCUCUCGCGCGGCUUCGAGUCGCCCUGCCUUCCGUUUCUGGCUGGGCGUCGUUCCCGGCUGCUGUUACUCCUACCUGUGGUUGUGGUCGAGUCGCUGUCCGUUCGGUUUGCGGUUCGCCUCCGCCUCCACCCCUUGCGGUCUCCCUGCUGCUCGUACCCCUCGAUGGCUGACGGUGCCCUUGGACUUGUGGCGUCUGCUCUUGCAGAUGCCAUCCCCGGAGGGGCCCCGGGGGACCCGGUGCCAGGCCUGCUCCGAGCCUUCGCGGUGCUGGCUGGACGCGGAUCCUCUUCCCAGUCGUCUCGCGGCCGGCGUGGCGGGCCUCCUCGGCAUGGUCGCCGUGGUGGCUCGCACCAGCCGGUGUAUCGCUCCCCUCCUGGGCGGACUCAUGCGUUUCUGCGACCGCGUCAGCAACAGUCCUUCCGUCGUACUCGCCGACAGUCGGGCCUUCCUCCGCCUCUCCCGCGUUCUCCGCGAUCGUUGGUGCCAGGGUCCUCUCCUCCGCCGUCCCAUCUUCUUCCGCAGGCUCAGUCGCCGCCGUCGCAACCCUCGUCGUCGCCGCUCCCGCCACAGUCCUCAUCUGUUCUGCAGGCAGCUCCUCCGCCUUCUUUUUCCCCGUUGCCGUCAGCUCCCUCUGCCUCUGAGGUUGUUCUGCCCGCUCCAACAGCACCGCCUGCUCUCCCCCCGCGCGCGCUCCCACAGUUGUUUCUUGGGGGGUGUGAGAUCCCAAGACCAUGUGAGGUGUUGUCGACUCCCCAGCCGGCUGCCGCACCCGUAGCCUCUGCUGCCGCUCCCGAUGAGCCCUGUAGUCGGUGGGAGGAGUGUCCUCCUGUAGAGCGGCUUCGUCGCGUCGAGCAGCGCGUUGCGACCGUGGGGACUGUCCUGGAGCUGCUAGCGUUGGUGCUUGAUCAGCUGCAUUCAGGGCUGUUACGUGGGCGUGUUGUCCUGCCCACCUUUGUCGAAGAGGCAGCGGGCCGUUGUGGUGACGGCGGCGCGGCGGAUGAUGGGGAGCCUCCCGCAGAUGGGCCUCGAGACAGGCUCCCCGGGGCUGGGUUCUGGUCCCGGGCCUUCCGCUGUGAGGCGGUUGGCCUCUUCAGUCCGUCGUGCCCCCCUCGACCUUGUGCCAGCCGCCUCGGCGCUGUUGCGCUGGUUGGACGGGCGGCUGGCUUUGAUCCUCGCCGAUUAGGGGGUUUUGUGGUGGGUUCUUGUGCCGGUGUUGCAUAUUAA